GGGAGACCGGCUGCUUUUCAAAGGCGCCUUGUUUGCUGGUGCCCUCCCAGCGCCAGCGGGCGGCGGCGUCUUGCUCACUCCAGCUUUCACCCCGGCUUCACCGCAGGCUCCCAGCAGACCCGGCACUGUGCCCACCCUUAGGGGCACGCUGGUCUCAGCGUUGCCCUCUUAGAACGGCCACGUCCCUGAGUGACCCCCUUUUGCCAGACUUUUCCAGCAGCAUCGCCUGCCCCUGCUCCCCUUUUCAUUCUGUUUUACUUAGUCCAGUACUUUUAUCUUUUGGGGCGAUUCGCGAUUCACCCAACCCUGGGCUCUCUCCAUUCCACAGGGCGCCCCCCACCUUUGGGUCGCUAUCUAUAGCUGGGUCUAUAAACACCCCACCCAGGACUCCUCUGUAAUUACAUGUGGCAGGACGAGGGAAGUAAUUAUGGAGUCCUGAUUACGAGUGGGCGUGGGACGGUCGCCUGUAGGCCCGCCCCUUAUGUCCCACAGUGCCCUGAGCCCCUCCCUACACUCUGCAGAGGGGCUCUGGGUCCCCUAGGGCGGCAGCGGUGGUGUGAGAAGACCAUAGGAUCAUAAAAGUGAAGGGGCUGGAGAAGAUACAUUCUGUUCUCACAAAUGCCAUCUGAGGGUGCACACAGGCUGCUCAAUCCCUCCAGAAGUAGGGGUGUACCAUUCCAGGGCUAGCGAGUGAGGAAGGUUUCCAGCCCUCACACUCCCCUGCCCAGGUGGAAAUCGGGGUGGGGUUUCCCCUCGGUUGCUGUGGGCGGGCGGCUAGAGGCGGGAGCUGGACCUGGGGGCGGGGGCGAGCUGGGGUCUUUGAGCUGCCAGGGUGGCCAGGGGCACACAGUAGCGGCCGCCGAGGAGCAAGCAGCACUGACAAGCAGAGGUACCCCCGCAACGGGCACCUUGCUGCAUGGAGCUGGGCCGCUGAAAGCUGCUGACAUCCCAGGGUCCUGGUUCCGAGGCUCAGCUGGCUUCUGUUUACUGUCAGCACCAGGACUGCCUGGGAUUCUGAGCCAUGGAGCGGUGCAGCCGCUGCCACCGCCUCCUACUGCUCCUACCUCUGGUGCUGGGUCUGAGUGCUGCCCCAGGAUGGGCAGGUAAGAGGAGUCCUGCCUGGGUGUCAGUCAGCUGGAGGUUGUAGCAUCUGCCUGGAAGGAACCUCUGAUGCCUUGGAGUAGGAGCGUCUGAGCCUUAGGAAAGGGAUUUGGGCACCAGGUUUAGAUGAAGGGCACAACACUUUGGUUCCCUGAGCCAAUAUAGGACCAUCUCUUCCUCGAAAUGACUGACGGAGGGCAGGUGAUGCCAGCCAACAGGGACCACAGCCGAGAGCCUGAGUAGGCUGGUUUCCUUAUUUGGGUCCUCAGAAGGACCUGAGAUGGCCAAAGCCUGUUUUCUACAGGCUUCACUGAUGUCGGUGGAGUGAAUACCAGGGCUGAUGGGUAAGGGAAACCGGGUGAACAUCUGUAGGUUGGAGCCUAGAAGGCUAGGGAAGAAAGCAACAGCACUGUCCCAUCCCCUUUGGGUCCCCCAACCCCUCCCUGUGCCCUGGAUGCUGCCACGCGGCUGGCUCUAGGGAGCACAGGGGCUGGCUGCCAACAGGACGGCCACUGGACAGGCCGGGAUCAGGUGUCUGAGGCCAGAGCCAACUCUUUGCAUUCCUGCCCCUCCCCCUUCAGCCAGCGGGACUCCCAUGGGACCCUGGUGUCCACCGACCCCAUCUUUCCUUUUUUUUUUUUUUUUUUUUUUUUUACCCCCAGAAUGGAAAGGCUCCAAGAAAAGAUUUGAUAACUGGGUCUAAGCAGGAAGGAACCAGUUCCUCUCUCCUGGAAUAUAUGUGUGUGUGUGUGUGUGUGUGUGUGUGUGUGUGUGUGUGUGUGUGUGUGUGUGUGUAUGUGUGUGUAUGUGUGUGUGUGUGUGUGUAGCUGAUUUUGUAUAGCUCUCCAUUAUUCAUGUUUUCUCUGCUCAAGAGAGAGAAUAAGCAGAACAACAGUGUGAAGGAUUUAGAUUAGGCCAGGAAAGCAGAAAGACGAAGUACAUGGUGUUUACAGAGUCUAGGUAGGGGCUGACCAAGGUAACUGUCUCCUAUUUGGGAACUGAGUGGAUGGAGGAGGGACUCCAAGAAGAUGGGUAACUAAGAAGUCCUGAGAGUAUAGGACAGUGGGGGCUCAAAGGGAUAGAUGGAGUGGCAGUGGGUCUAAGACAGUGGGGUUAGUAUGUGGCUUGAGGUGGGUGGGCCUGUGAGCACGGUGUGGAACUGUCCUCCAUCGGGCUUUGGUGGAGGGUGGGGACCUCCGAAGUCUCCUUUGCCUGGGGUCUCUGUGAGUCUCUGUGUCUCUGUCUCCCUCACCAUACUCUCUCAAAGCUGCCCUUGUGUGUCAGUGUUUGCGAAGCUGCCACACUUUGGGGCCAGGCUCUCAGGGGCGAGGGGUGGGGGAAGGUCGCGGUUUCCUCGGCUCCUGGACUCAAAGGGCCUUUUCUCUCCUGCCUGCCCCACCUCAUCCACCCCACCCGGCUGGCUCUGCUCUCCUGACUGCCCUGGCCUCUGCCCCUCCCCACACUUCUACCAACACUUUGCAAGCACUCUCAGUGGGAGUUCUCCACUGUGGAAGUGUGGGAGUGAGCUUUCCCUUUCCAUCCAGUUUGGGCCCAGGAAGCUGAAAUCUAAGGAGACCUGGCUGAUGGCCUGCGACUUGAGUCUGGAUUCAGGUGCACCCUCUGUGGAUGUGCUACGUGCCCUGAGGUUCCCCUCCCUUCCCGAUGGUGUUCGGAAAUCAAAAGGGGUCUGUCCAGCUGAUGUGGCUUACCGUGUGGCACGACCUGCCCAGCUCAGCGCACCCACACGCCAGCUCUUCCCAGGAGGCUUUCCCAAAGAUUUCUCUCUGCUGACUGUUGUCCGGACCCGCUCUGGCCUCCAAGCUCCCCUCCUGACUCUAUACAGUGCCCAGGGAGUCCAGCAACUGGGCCUGGAGCUCGGUCGUCCAGUCCGCUUUCUCUAUGAGGACCAGAGGGGACGGCCACAAGCCUCCGCUCAGCCCAUCUUCCGAGGCCUGAGCCUCGCUGAUGGCAAGUGGCACCAUGUGGCUGUAGCUGUGAAGGGUCAGUCUGUCACUCUCAUUGUGGACUGUAAGAAGCGAGUCACCCGGCCCCUUCCCCGAAGCGUGCAUCCGGUGCUGGACACCCACGGGGUGGUGAUCUUUGGUGCCCACGUCCUCGAUGAUGAAGUCUUUGAAGGUGAUGUUCAGGAACUCCUCAUUGUCCCGGGCGUCCAAGCUGCCUAUCAGUCUUGUGGACAGAAGGACCUGGAAUGCGAGAGAGAACAGAGGGACGGGCCUCAGACUCAGAAGCCUCACAGGGCCCAGAGAUCUCCAAAGAAGGAGCCAGCCAGACUUCAUAAGCCACAGAACCAGGAGCCCCAGCAGCAGCCCACUGAAUCUCUCUACUAUGACUACGAACCCCCCUAUUACGAUGUGAUGACUACAGAGACAUCCCCUGAUUACCAGCGUCCUCAGAGCUCCAACCACAGGGCUCCCCCUCCCCCUAGGGGGCGUCGGACCCCUUCCCGAAAGUCUAACCCUCCUGCCAAGAGGGCUCCUCCCAGGACCAGAGGCAGCGGUUAUCGGCAGUACCCCACCCCAGGUGAAGAGGAAGGAGUCCUGGAGUCCAGCCUCUUGCCAUCUCUUGAAGAGGAGCAGACAGAUCUCCAGGUCCCCCCAACAGCUGACAGUUUCCAGGCAGAGGAAUAUGGGGAGGGAGGCACAGAGCCCCCAGCAGGGUUCUACGAUUACACCUAUGGCUAUGGGGAUGAUUAUCGUGAGGAGACCGAGCUUGGCCCUGCCCUCUCUGCGGAGACAGAUCACACAGGAGCCGUUGCCCACGGACCCCGGGGGCUAAAGGGAGAGAAGGGAGAGCCUGCAGUGCUGGAGCCUGGUAUGUUUGUAGAGGGACCUCCAGGCCCAGAAGGCCCAGCGGGGUUAGCUGGACCCCCUGGCAUCCAGGGGAACCCAGGCCCAGUUGGAGACCCUGGCGAGAGGGGCCCCCCUGGCCGGGCAGGGCUCCCUGGAUCAGACGGACCUCCUGGUCCUCCUGGUACAUCUCUGAUGCUCCCAUUCCGGUUUGGCAGCAGUGGUGGUGACAAGGGCCCCGUGGUGGCAGCCCAGGAGGCCCAGGCCCAGGCAAUUCUGCAGCAGGCACGGCUGGCCCUCCGUGGGCCCCCUGGCCCCAUGGGAUACACGGGCCGUCCUGGACCGUUGGGUCAGCCUGGGAGCCCUGGCUUGAAGGGAGAAUCUGGAGACCUGGGCCCACAGGGCCCCAGAGGACCUCAGGGCCUCACAGGUCCUCCUGGCAAGGCUGGGCGAAGGGGCCGAGCAGGUGCUGAUGGAGCCCGUGGGAUGCCCGGAGAACCUGGCGUGAAGGGUGACCGAGGCUUUGACGGACUGCCUGGGCUACCUGGUGAAAAGGGACAAAGGGGUGACACAGGUGCUCAGGGCCUUCCUGGGCCUCCCGGUGAGGACGGAGAGAGGGGUGACGAUGGAGAGAUUGGGCCCCGCGGGCUGCCUGGAGAGUCAGGACCUAGAGGACUCCUUGGCCCUAAAGGCCCUCCUGGUAUUCCUGGGCCCCCGGGAGUCCGAGGCAUGGAUGGUCCCCAUGGCCCCAAAGGGAGCUUGGGACCUCAAGGAGAGCCAGGGCCUCCCGGACAACAGGGCACUCCUGGAACUCAGGGCCUCCCCGGACCUCAGGGUGCCAUUGGACCUCAUGGAGAGAAGGGCCCUCGUGGGAAACCAGGCCUCCCUGGCAUGCCGGGAUCAGAUGGACUCCCGGGCCACCCAGGGAAGGAAGGACCCCCUGGAACCAAAGGGAACCAGGGCCCCUCCGGACCUCAGGGUCCUUUAGGAUACCCAGGCCCUCGAGGCGUCAAGGGCGUGGAUGGGAUUCGGGGCCUGAAGGGCCACAAGGGUGAAAAGGGUGAGGACGGCUUUCCUGGAUUCAAAGGUGACAUAGGUGUGAAAGGAGACAGGGGCGAGGUCGGAGUCCCUGGUUCCAGGGGAGAAGAUGGCCCCGAAGGGCCGAAAGGGCGCACUGGACCUACCGGAGACCCCGGGCCCACGGGGCUCAUGGGCGAGAAGGGCAAGCUAGGUGUUCCUGGUCUGCCUGGCUACCCCGGACGCCAGGGUCCCAAGGGAUCUCUGGGUUUUCCUGGUUUUCCUGGAGCCAGUGGAGAGAAGGGAGCUCGGGGCCUGUCUGGGAAAUCAGGACCUCGGGGAGAACGGGGCCCCACGGGUCCAAGGGGUCAGCGGGGACCUCGAGGUGCCACUGGGAAGUCUGGAGCUAAGGGAACAUCAGGUGGUGAUGGUCCUCACGGGCCGCCCGGAGAGAGGGGUCUUCCUGGACCGCAAGGCCCCAAUGGAUUCCCUGGCCCCAAAGGCCCUCCGGGCCCCGCAGGGAAAGACGGGCUGCCGGGACACCCAGGCCAGAGAGGAGAAGUGGGAUUCCAAGGGAAGACCGGCCCCCCAGGCCCGCCCGGAGUGGUGGGACCUCAGGGAGCAGCUGGGGAAAGCGGCCCCAUGGGGGAGAGAGGUCACCCUGGCCCCCCAGGACCUCCUGGAGAGCAAGGGCUGCCCGGAACUGCUGGAAAAGAUGGGACCAAGGGUGACCCCGGGCCCCCCGGGGCCCCAGGGAAGGAUGGCCCCGCUGGUCUGAGAGGCUUCCCAGGAGAGCGAGGCCUCCCGGGCACUGCUGGCGGACCUGGCUUGAAGGGAAAUGAAGGCCCAGCUGGCCCUCCUGGCCCUGCAGGCUCUCCUGGCGAGCGAGGUGCAGCAGGAUCAGGGGGCCCCAUUGGUCCCCCUGGACGUCCAGGCCCACAGGGUCCCCCUGGGGCAGCAGGAGAGAAAGGCGUGCCGGGUGAGAAAGGCCCUAUUGGUCCCACGGGUCGUGACGGGGUGCAGGGCCCUGUGGGGCUUCCUGGUCCCGCGGGACCCCCAGGCGUGGCAGGAGAGGAUGGAGACAAGGGUGAGGUGGGCGACCCUGGGCAGAAGGGAACCAAAGGAAACAAGGGUGAGCAUGGCCCUCCUGGCCCUCCUGGUCCCAUCGGUCCUGUGGGGCAGCCUGGAGCUGCGGGAGCUGACGGCGAGCCCGGAGCCCGCGGACCCCAGGGACACUUUGGAGCCAAAGGUGACGAAGGAACAAGAGGGUUCAAUGGGCCCCCUGGACCCAUCGGCCUACAGGGCCUGCCAGGACCUUUUGGGGAAAAGGGAGAAACAGGAGACGUGGGGCCUAUGGGACCCCCUGGCCCCCCAGGACCUCGAGGCCCCGCUGGACCCAAUGGUGCUGAUGGCCCACAAGGUCCCCCUGGAGGUGUCGGAAACUUGGGUCCCCCUGGAGAGAAGGGUGAACCAGGGGAGUCGGGGUCUCCAGGAGUCCAGGGUGAGCCGGGCGUCAAGGGUCCACGUGGAGAGCGUGGUGAGAAAGGAGAGUCUGGGCAGGCAGGAGAGGCUGGACCACCAGGGCCCAAAGGCCCUACAGGCGAUGACGGCCCCAAGGGGAACCCUGGUCCCGUUGGCUUUCCUGGGGACCCUGGCCCCCCCGGAGAAGCUGGCCCAAGGGGCCAGGAUGGUGCUAAGGGAAGCCAAGGCGAGGAUGGCGAGCCGGGACAGCCUGGAUCCCCCGGCCCCACCGGGGAGAACGGGCCCCCUGGACCUCUUGGAAAGCGGGGACCCGCUGGCACUCCUGGUCCGGAGGGACGACAAGGAGAGAAGGGAGCCAAGGGGGACCCUGGUGCUGUGGGGGCCCCAGGAAAGACGGGCCCUGUGGGCCCUGCAGGCCCAGCAGGGAAGCCUGGCCCCGAUGGUCUUCGAGGGCUCCCUGGCUCAGUGGGUCAGCAAGGCCGCCCUGGAGCCACAGGCCAGGCUGGGCCCCCAGGUCCUGUGGGACCCCCAGGGCUUCCUGGCCUCCGGGGUGAUGCUGGCGCCAAGGGGGAGAAGGGUCAUCCAGGCCUCAUCGGACUGAUUGGGCCGACCGGAGAGCAAGGCGAGAAGGGUGACCGUGGCCUUCCUGGCCCUCAGGGCUCACCUGGACAAAAGGGAGAGACGGGUAUCCCAGGAGCAUCUGGUCCUAUCGGUCCUGGAGGACCUCCUGGCCUGCCUGGACCGUCCGGCCCCAAAGGAGCUAAAGGAGCCACAGGCCCCGCUGGACCCAAAGGAGAGAAAGGUGUUCAGGGCCCUCCAGGACACCCGGGUCCCCCGGGCGAGGUGAUCCAGCCACUGCCCAUCCAGAUGCCCAAGAAGACCCGGCGCUCUGUGGACGGAAGCAAACUGAUGCAGGAUGAGGAGGCCACACCCACUGGCGGUGCCCCGGGCAGUCCUGCAGGACUGGAGGAGAUCUUCGGUUCACUGGACUCUCUGCGGGAGGAGAUCGAACAGAUGAGGAGGCCGACAGGGACCCAGGACAGCCCUGCCCGCACCUGCCAGGACUUGAAGCUGUGCCACCCAGAGCUUCCCGAUGGAGAGUACUGGGUUGACCCCAACCAGGGCUGUGCCCGGGACGCCUUCCGGGUGUUCUGCAACUUUACAGCAGGAGGGGAGACUUGUGUCACACCCAGGGAUGACGUCACACAGUUCUCCUACGUGGACUCUGAAGGCUCCCCAGUGGGCGUGGUCCAGCUCACCUUCCUGCGGCUGCUCAGCGUCUCUGCCCACCAGGAUGUUUCCUACCCUUGCUCUGGGGUAUCCCAGGACGGUCCCCUGAAACUCCGAGGGGCCAAUGAGGAUGAGCUGAGCCCUGAGACCAGCCCUUACGUCAAGGAGUUCAGAGAUGGCUGUCAGACCCAGCAAGGCCGGACGGUGUUAGAGGUGCGCACGCCUGUGCUGGAGCAGCUGCCCGUGCUGGAUGCUUCCUUCUCAGACCUGGGGGCCCCUACAAGACGGGGAGGGGUGCUUCUGGGGCCUGUCUGCUUCAUGGGCUAGGCCUGUCUCUGACCCUGUCGACCAAAACCAGGUCCACCUGGAGUCACACAGUGUGGAUUCCAUGCCACCUCUCCUAAGGAUCCCUCAUUGUCUAGGGGGCCUUGGGUCAGGGCACCUCAAGCCUCAAGUCAGGGGCAGCACCCAGGUGUGGGGUGAGCAGGGCGGGGGGUGCCAGGACAGCCCAGGGGAAGGGUGGUACCUGGGCCUCCAGCUCUCCCACUUAUGACCCUUUAGAGAGCUGAGAUCUUUAUUUAAAACACUUCCCUGUCACCCGAAAUACGUGGGAGAGAAAGGACACUGUGUAUUUUGUAUUUAAAAAAAUAAUUAUAUUAAUUAUUUAAAGAGUGGAAGAACAAAGUAACAAAGAAGAUAAAAAGAGAAAAUGCCCAAAAUCCCAGCAGAUAUUGGGGACAGGUGCUGCAAGGGUGGGCCCCGCACCACAUCCUCCCUCAGGGUUUCCUUAGUGCCUGUGGGUGUGGCUUCCUGGGAUGAACCUCUCCUCUCCUUCCACCUGGGGCACUAAGAAUGCUGGAACACACGGUCUCCCCUGCCUCAGGACUCCAGCCCUCUUGCCCCGUGGUGUAAGCUCCAUGACACAUCUGUCCCCUGAGAGUAAUCUCUUGCUACUUAAGACCAGGCCGCUCCCCGAGGGGAGACCAGACCAGAGGGCUGUGCAGGACCUGCCUCUGGCAGGUUGUUGAGAUACAGAUGUUCUUCCCUGUGGCUCUGAGCCACUGUCCUGGCCACACCUCCUCUCACCUUCCCUGAUCCUGGAAAGAAAGCUGUUGUCUAGCCUAUGGCUAGAAGGGACUCCCAGGACCUCUCCAGCCCUGUGCCCACGUCCCUCCUGACUGACGGUUAAACAAUGUGAUUGUCUCCUC